UAGAAGAGCACCUUGCGUUUGCCUCCUGAUUCACAGCAGCAGCAGCUUAUAAAAGCCAGGGGCAGCAGUGUUCAGGAUGAGAGAGAGAGAGCUCCAUCAGGAUAACUGAGACUCACGGAGCUUCUGCCUCGGCGCACACGACGAUUAUUUACCAAAAGAGGGAUGAAGAGCAUCAACUUUUUUACCGACUUGGUUCUUCUAUUCAUAGCCAGUGAUGCGAGCGCUUGGAUUAUCAGAAAUGCGACUGAAACACUCACCUCAACCAAUAUCACUAUCAAUAAAUCGGAAAUGGGCAAUGACGGAUUAGCAUCUAUGCCCAAAGCAAGGCGAAAACGGUACAUUUCGCAAGAUGACAUGAUAGCUAUUCUGGACUAUCACAACAAGGUGCGAGCGAAUGUUUUCCCACCUGCAGCCAACAUGGAAUAUAUGCUUUGGAAUGAAGACCUAGCCAGGUCAGCAGAAGCUUGGGCAGCCACCUGUAUUUGGGAGCAUGGACCUCCUUACCUUCUCCGAUAUCUGGGUCAAAACCUCUCAGUGCGAACUGGCAAUUACUACUCCAUUCUUCAGCUGGUUCAGCCUUGGUAUGACGAGGUCAGAGAUUAUGUGUUUCCAUACCCACGCGACUGCAAUCCCCACUGCCCAAUGCGCUGUUAUGGACCCAUGUGCACACAUUACACACAAAUGGUGUGGGCGUCAUCCAACAGAGUUGGAUGUGCCAUCCAAACCUGUUACAAUAUGGUAGUAUGGGGCGUCGUGUGGAGGGAGGCAACAUACUUGGUCUGCAAUUAUUCUCCAAAGGGUAACUGGAUUGGUGAGGCACCUUACAGAGUCGGUGUGCCAUGCUCAGCCUGCCCUCCCAGCUACGGAGGUUCAUGCAGCAACAACAUGUGCUUUCCUGCCAUCAACUCAAACUUCAUGUACUGGUUUAAAUAAGCUAUCUGUUAUAUGUUUAAAGC